AUGUUCUCAAACAAUGAUGAAGCUGUGAUCAACAAAAAACUUCCAAAAGAGCUGCUGCUUCGAAUUUUCUCUUUCCUGGAUGUGGUCACUCUGUGUCGUUGCGCUCAAGUUUCCAGGGCAUGGAAUGUUCUGGCCCUGGAUGGCAGUAACUGGCAGCGAAUUGACCUGUUUGAUUUCCAGAGGGAUAUUGAGGGCCGAGUAGUCGAGAAUAUUUCUAAAAGAUGCGGGGGCUUCCUGCGGAAGCUAAGCCUGCGUGGCUGCCUCGGCGUGGGAGACAACGCGUUAAGGACGUUUGCACAGAACUGCAGAAAUAUUGAAGUAUUGAACCUAAACGGCUGUACCAAGAUCACAGAUGCUACGUGUACCAGCCUCAGUAAGUUCUGCUCCAAGCUCAGGCACCUUGAUUUGGCUUCCUGCACUUCCAUAACCAACCUGUCUCUGAAAGCACUGAGCGAGGGAUGCCCACUGCUGGAACAGCUGAAUAUCUCCUGGUGCGACCAAGUGACCAAGGAUGGGAUCCAGGCCCUGGUGCGGGGCUGCGGCGGGCUCAAAGCCCUGUUUCUGAAAGGCUGCACGCAGCUUGAGGACGAAGCUCUGAAAUACAUUGGUGCCCAUUGUCCCGAACUGGUGACUUUAAACCUCCAAACAUGCUUACAAAUAACAGAUGAUGGUCUCAUUACAAUAUGCAGAGGAUGCCACAAGUUACAAUCCUUGUGUGCUUCAGGCUGCUGUAACAUCACAGAUGCCAUCUUGAACGCCCUGGGACAGAACUGCCCGAGGCUUAGAAUAUUAGAAGUUGCAAGGUGUUCUCAACUAACAGAUGUGGGCUUUACCACUCUAGCUAGGAACUGCCAUGAGCUUGAAAAAAUGGACCUGGAAGAGUGCGUCCAGAUAACGGACAGCACGCUAAUCCAGCUUUCCAUACACUGUCCGCGGCUUCAGGUUCUGAGUUUGUCCCACUGUGAGCUGAUCACGGACGACGGGAUUCGUCACCUGGGGAACGGCGCCUGCGCGCACGACCGCCUGGAGGUGAUCGAGCUGGACAACUGCCCUCUGAUCACC